AAUAUUCAUGCGAAUCUCUGUCUUAUUUUCUUGUUUGAUCCAAUCAGAAUCUUCUCCUGCAGGUCCCAAACUCCAAUUUGUCCGUUACAGGAAAGCGUACAGUUUCAUGAAAUUGGAGGUCAUUUCUGCACAAACGUUCAUGCACAAAUAAUCGAAAAAUCUGCCUUUCAUUGUAAUGCAAUCCACUGAUCCCGAGGGAAGAAAGAAUUCAAAACGUCAAAGAUCAAUUCCAUACGAGAUGCCAACAACCUUUUCAACAGUUUCAAACAAGAAUCUCGAUGAGAGCAUCAUCUUUCCUGUUGAAGAGAUAGUGCAGUAUCCAUUACCCGGCUAUGGAUUCCCUACUUCCAUCAGUUUCAGCCCUGACGAUAGUUUAGUAACCUAUUUGUUCAGUCCUGAUGAAAGUCUAAACAAUAAGUUAUUCGUAUUUGAUCUUAAUACACAUAACCAUGAACUUCUUUUUAGCCCACCACAUGGUGGGCUAGAUGAAAGUAACAUAUCGUCUGAAGAGAAGUUGAGGAGAGAGAGGUUUAGGGAACGUGGGCUGGGCGUUACACGUUAUGAAUGGGUCAAGACAGGUUCGAGAAAGGAGAUGAUAAUUGUGCCUUUGCCUGCUGGGAUCUAUUUCCAGGAAGCUUUCUCAAAACCUGAACUUAAACUUCAAAGUUUUCCGAGCUCUCCGAUUAUUGAUCCACAUCUCUCGCCAGAUGGGAAUAUGCUCGCAUAUGUGAAGGACAAUAAUCUGAAUGUUCUAAACCUCUUGAACAAUAAAGUGAAUCAGUUGACUAGUUGUGACAUGGGAGAUGCCAUAACUCUUGGUCUUGCGGAAUAUAUAGCACAGGAGGAGAUGGAUAGGAAGAAUGGGUACUGGUGGUCACUCGACAGCAAAUUUAUCGCAUUCACACAGGUCGAUUCGUCUGAAAUACCACUUUUCAGAAUCAUGCACCAGGGAAGAAAUACCGUUGGUCAAGAGGCACAAGAAGACCAUGCUUAUCCCUUUGCCGGGGCUUCCAACGUUAAAGUUAGGCUUGGAGUGGUCUCUUCUUCGGGUGGACCCAUCACUUGGAUGGAUCUUCAAUGUGGUGAUAAUGGGGAGGAUGAAUAUUUAGGAAGAGUCAAUUGGAUGCAUGGAAAUGUUCUUACAGCUCAAGUUUUAAAUAGGUCUCAUACCAAGCUUAAGAUUCUCAAGUUCGAUAUUAAAACCGGCGAAAGCCAACUCAUAUUGGUAGAAGAAAAUGAGAUUUGGAUCAAUUUAACCGAUUGCUUCACUCCUUUAGACAAGGAAUUAGGAAAAAACUUUCAAGGUGGAUUCAUUUGGGCAAGUGAAAAAACCGGUUUUAGACAUCUUUAUUUGCAUGAUUUGAACGGUUCAUGUUUGGGACCUAUAACUGAAGGGGAGUGGUUGGUUGAGCAAAUAACCGGCAUAAAUGAGCCCUUAGGACUGGUUUAUUUCACAGGAACUCGAGAAAGUCCUCUUGAAUCUCAUCUUUAUUGUGCUAAGCUUUUUCCUGAUUCGAACCAACAACCAUUGUUGACUCCAAUAAAGUUAACACAAGGAAAAGGGAGGCACAUGGUUGUUCUCGAUCAUCAAAUGAGUAGAUUCGUCGACGUUUACGAUUCUCUUGAUUCUCCACCUAGAGUCACGCUCUGCUCGUUGAAAGAUGGAAAUCUAAUCGCGUCUCUCUAUGAGCAGCCAUUGAGUGUUCCAAGGUUCAAAAAGCUCCCACUUUACCCUCCAGAAAUAGUUUCAAUAAAGUCAGCUGAUGGCACUACAUUGUAUGGGGCAUUAUACAAACCCGAUGAAGCGAAAUUUGGACCUCCUCCGUAUAAGUCUGUUGUUAGUGUUUAUGGAGGCCCGUGUGUUCAAGUGGUUUUCGAUUCUUGGGUAAACACAGUGGACAUGAGAGCUCAGUAUCUCCGGAGCAAAGGUCUCCUAGUUUGGAAGUUGGAUAACAGAGGAAGUGCUCGAAGAGGGCUGAAUUUUGAAGGCAAAAUAAAGCAUAAAGCAGGUUCAGUUGAUUCAGAGGAUCAAUUAGCUGGAGCAGAAUGGCUAAUCAAACAAGGCCUAGCCGAAACCGGCCAAAUUGGCAUAUACGGAUGGAGUUAUGGUGGAUACCUGUCAGCUAUGACACUUUCAAGGUACCCUAAUGUUUUCAAAUGCGCGGUUGCAGGGGCACCAGUAACAUCAUGGGAUGGGUACGACACAUUCUAUACAGAGAAAUACAUGGGCUUGCCUCUCCAGAAUCAAGAAGAGUACGAGCUCAGCUCUGUCAUGAGCCACGUAGAUGAGAUCAAAGGGGAUUUGUUACUGGUUCAUGGGAUGAUUGAUGAAAAUGUCCAUUUUAGGCAUACUGCUAGACUCAUAAAUGCACUUGUGGCUGCUAGGAAACCUUAUGAGCUGCUUGUUUUUCCUGAUGAGAGACACAUGCCUCGUCGGAUGAAGGACAGAGUUUAUAUGGAGGAGAGAAUUUGGGAUUUCUUACAGAGAAGCCUUUUCAUGAAGUGAGUGUUAAUUGUUCCUCCAUUUUGUUGCUUCUUUUUUUUUCAAAAUCUCUAUUUCUGAAUAAUUUUGAAAACUCAAAUACAUGUCUUCCAACUUGUGUUCUGCAUUUGAGGUGCAAUAUAUUCUCCCUAUUGUAUUUUGUACCAUAACAAAAUCUACUUUUCUUUACUAUUUGAUUGGUUUCCUU